GGCUCCCAUCAACUGCGAGCCGUCGUCUUGUACUUUUGCAGCCAUCCCUAAGUUGGAACAAUACAACAUCAGAGUGGUGGUGAAGGACCAGCUGGGAGAGGAGACAGAGAGCCACAGCUUCAAUAUCUCUGACAGAGGUCAGAGGUCACCCAAACAUCUAAACAGAAUAUUGAACAUACAGUGUAUUUUGCAGCCAUACAGUUUCAGUUGCGUUUUUAAAGCCCUAAAGACUCCAGCAACAUUCAUGAAUGAAUUUAAUAUGAACUUUUAUCAAGUGUGUGGAUUUCAUGUGUGGGUUGCCGUUAGUGGUUCCAGUUGUGGAAUGGGACAGAGUGAGCCCUGGGGUGGCAGACACCACUGUGUCCUGGAUCAUCCAAGGUAACUUGACUGGUCUGAACCUCAUCUGUCAGGUCUCUGUAGACCCAGGCAGCACCACCGAGUUAAACUGCAAUAGUGCGAGUGGUCGCUGCAAAUUCAAACUGGAAGAUCUGCUCCCCAACACACUCUACUCUACCAAGGUACGCUGCUCUGUCAACGGCAGGCUCUGGGGAAAAUGGACACAUGCCUUACCAUUCAAAACCUGUCCGUUUGUGACCUUAAACUUAUGGAGGAGAUUAAAGCAGACGUCUGAAAUCUACAGUCGUCAAGUUACUCUGUUGUGGACGCUGAAUGCUCCUGGCUCAGCAACCACUGAAACCGCCCAACGUUACACAGUCCAGUGGUCGCAGGACGGCCAAAACAGGACUGAGAGGAAGGACGGUGCACAGACCCAGGCAGAGGUCCUCAUCGGUCCAGGACAGUGUGACUUCACUGUCCAGGCUGUCCUUCACCCUUGCCCCCCCAUCAAUGCUCACAUCACCAUCCCAAAGUUAGACAACAGAGAGAACCUGCAGGUAGAGAGGCGGCUGAGCAGCAGCCCAGCUGGUGGUUUCAAUCUGUCCUGGCCUGAGCUGAGCACUGCCACUUGUGCUUAUACAGUGGAGUGGUGCAAUCAGGGAAAUGCGGUGCCUUGUACUCUGCGGUGGAUAAAGAUGCAAGAGGGAAACCACACAUUAUUCCUACCUGCUAGCAAUUUCAAAGCAGGUCGUAGGUACACAUUUAAUAUCUAUGGAUGCACAGAAAAUGGACACAGACUACUGGAGGUACAGACCGGAUACUCACAAGAGCUUCAAGCCGUACAACAACCGAGUGUGGUUAAACCUGUUCAGAGUACUCCCUCAUCUGUGACACUGGAGUGGCAUUACAAUGAGGAUGAUCCUGCUCAUCCGGCAUUCAUCACUGGUUACCUGGUUACUGUACAGGAAGUAGGAUCUAAUACGCGGCCAGGUAAUAUUGCAAAUAUGUUGGUGGAAGACCCUCGGAAGAAGUCUGUGACCAUAGAGGAUCUGAAGCAGGGCCAUGAGUACAGGUUCUCUGUGAGCGCUCUCACCAAGGCGGGGCCUGGAAUACCAGGCACGAUCCCCUUCAGGACCAGAACCAACUUAGACUCUGCUCACCUGGCCAAGAUACUGACCCCGAUCCUGUUACUGCUGGGCUGCACCAUCCUCCUAUGGCCUCAGAGAAAGAUGCUGAAGAGAGGGCUGAAGGAGAUAUUUGUUUAUCCUGCUGGAAUGAACAUCAAAUCCUUUGAGAUAGACGGCUUCCUGCAUGAGGCUGGUGAAAGGGUGCAGUCUCACAAAGUGGAGGAGUGCAUUAGCUGUGACAUUGAGAUACUUCACACCCGCCCUCUUCUGACUGAAGCAACCGCACUGAGAGAUCCUGAACCCCUGAACACACUGUGCUCUCCUGGUUCCCAGUCCUCUCCUUCAUCCUUGUCAGAGCCACACAAAGCCUACUGUCCGCAGUCAGUAGAGCUGCUCAGCGAGAGACCAGCCCCUCAGCAAAUAACAUGCAUCACAAACAAGAGCUACUUUCACACCACGGUGGAGGAUUUCUCUGAGCCACAAGAAGUCACAAACAGUGAAAUCAACUCAACCUCUGAACCUUCUGAUUGUCUGCAGCAAUCAUGUAGUGUUGUAUCUGGUUAUAUCUCCAAUGAUACUUCAUGAAGUCAUUUAUUUCAUGACUGUAUUUCAGUAGUCUGAAUACUGUGAAUAGAUGCUUUGUUUGAUGGACAUCUGCAGCUUUCUAAUGUAAGUAAACAACUCCGUGUUUUCUCUGCUGCAGUAGAGUAUUAAAAUGAACCUGCAGGUGCUGUUACACGUGAAAGCAAGGGCGUAGGUUUGGUCUCAACCUUGGUAGGGACAACCUCGCCACCCCUCCAAAAAUAAAUGGAUUUCUUAUAUUAACAUAUAAGAUCUAGAUUUACAAUCAGAAAUGCCCCUAUGCAAAUAUAAUAUAUGAACAUGCGUGCAUAUAUGAAAUAUAUGUACAUAUAUUUAUUUGAAGUAUAGCAUAUAUAUGUAAAAAUUGCAUAUGAAACCUGUUAGAAAUUGGAACAAUAUCAUAUAUUGACAUAUAUGUCUAGCUAAUAAAAACAUGUAUUGUAGUAUGUGUUUAUAUUAUACAUGUUACAUAGGCAAAUAAACAUCAUAUAGUAGGGCAUAAAAACGUCACAGUAUAGUAAGUUAUAAAAAGAAGUCAUAGUAUUUAUCGUGACAUUUUCAUGGGAUUUUUCGACAGCAAUUAAACUAGUACUUUAUGCAAAUCUACACCCUUGCCUGAUAGUGUAACACUGUAAGAGGAACCUGAUGUAAAGGUUUUUGCUUAAGUGUGAAACAGCCCGAGAUCUUAAUCUGCAGAAUGCAAAUGGUACAGCCGAAUAUAUCAGGUGGAAGGAGGAGACAGGAGCGUGGCAGAGAUGUGUAUCUCUUAUGAAACAUAUUUUUAAAAACUGUAUUGAAUUAUUACAUUUUAUAUAUAAUUUCAAAAAAACUACCCUAUUGAUGUAAAAGUUGAGAGAGAAAGAAAAAUAAGGGGGAAAUGUUGGUUCUUUGGAAACUUUUGAUUAACUAACUUUUUGACUAAGAGGUGAGUAGUGUGUUUUACUAUGAUGAGGGUCUGACUCAAAUAUCAAAACAUACUGGAAUCUUUCACUUGAACAGAUUACUCAGUGAUACCAGAAGUCUCCUCCUCCAUGUCUGCAGAUAUUUCUUUCUACUGUUAUGAUUCAAAUUUCCAAACACAUGCAGUUCAGAGCCAGAUAUUUGUUGUCUUGUGCUGUUUCCUUGUGCAUUUCUGGGUUGCAAAAAAAGAAAUCAGAUUUUUGAAAGACAGAUGGUUGUUUUAGUCAUUUCAAAGGCAUCUGAUGAAAUCUGUGAGGUGUCUAAUUGCAUGUGCAGCUUCAUCAAGAAACACACAUAACUGGUUUAUAGCAGGACAAAAACAGUUGUGUGUAUGAUCUUUGUCAUGCUCUGGGCAGUAAUCCAGGUUAAUGAAUCACACAGAUCUUUUGAGAUUCUGGUUCAUGUUGUCAUGACUGCAUCACAUCAGUUCUGCAGAUGCCAAAUUUUGACAAAUUCUGAGGCUUGGCGAGUCUGUGUUCACUGCAGCCUCAGGUUUCUGUCCUGGGCCGACAGGAGUGGAACCUGACGUGGUGAGUUACUGUAGCCUGUUAGCUCCAACCAAUCUCACCAUUCUGGCCUAACCCUGACCAUUUACAGUGUAAUCCAUCCAUCUAUCAUUUCAGUGUAAUCAAAACUAUUUGCAUAUCUGCCUUGACAUUGUGACAAAUGUGGAUGCACCUAGUUUAAUCAUGAUUGUACUGUUCAAAGGAUUAGUGUCUCAUUUAUCAGUUUAAUCUGCUGUCAGUGAAGUUAUCUCUGCUCUAAUGAAUCCUGCAUCAUUUCCUCCAAACAAUUUCCACCAAACCACAUUCCCUGCUCAUUACUUCAUCUGUUUGCUCCACAGAACUGGUUCUGAAAACAUGUGUCAGACCUCUGCUGUGGCUGACACGGUCAGCUAAUCAAAUAGCAUGUAACCAAUGGCAUAUUAAGCAGGGUAGCUCAGUGGCUGCUGGACUGUGUCCCAUUUAUACAGGAUGUGUCCAUCUGGCCUGGGUGACCACUGACUGUAUAUGUACAGCACAGAAAAGCUUUCAAGGAUUCAGCCGCUCAUGAACUUGUAUGCAGAUGUCAAAUCAGAUAAGAACUUUUUUCAUGUACACUCAGAGGAAGUUCAUCCGUUUACUGCUCAGUUUCAUAAAAGAUUCUGAAGAAAUUCA